UGUGGUGGGGAGUGGAGAAAAGAGCCUGAGGUGAACAUGUGCUGCCCUCUGUAAAGUCAGGAGGAGCAUGAAAAAAGCUGUGUCUCUCGUUAAUGCAGUAGAUACUGGAAGAUUUCCUCGAUUGCUCACUCGAAUUCUUCAGAAACUACACUUAAAGACAGAGAACAGUUUCAGUGAAGAAGAAGAAGAAAAACUCCAAGUUGCAUUUUCACUAGAGAAACAAGAUCUUCACUUGGUUCUUGAAACAAUAUCAUUUAUUUUGGAGCAGGCUGUUUAUCACAAUGUUAAACCAGCAGUUCUGCAACAACAAUUAGAGAAUGUUCAUCUCAGUCAAGACAAAGCUGAAGCAUUUGCCAAUGCUUGGGCUACUAUGGGUCAAGAGACCAUUGAAAAGUUCAGACAGAGGAUCUUGGCUCCCCAAAAGCUUGAGACAAUUGGAUGGAAGCUUAACCUUCAAAUGGCUCAGUCUAAUCAAGCAAAGCUGAAAUCUCCUCAAGCUGUGUUAGAACUUGGAGUGAGCAAUGAAGAUUCAAAGAACUUGGAGAAAGUUUGUAUGGAAUUUAACCACAAGGAGCUGUUUGAGUUCUAUAAUAAGCUAGAGACCAUGCAAGCACAGCUGGAUUCCCUUAUGUGAUGUUUUCGAAGGCUGGUUUUUCCAUCCUGCUCUUGCCACCUCAUUAUUUUGUAUUGAAGAUGGAUUGCCAAACUGUGUUUUCUGAAGGACUCAAUGACUUUUCUUCCUGUAAAAUUAUAUGGCUUAUCUCCUCUUAGACCAGUAACAUUAGCCGAGGGAGAUUGUUGUUAAGAGUACUGAGGUUCUAAUUGAUUUUCUCUUGUUUUUUAAGCCAAUAGCUAUUGUUAAGAACACUUUUAUUAAAAAGAAAACAAAAGCUAA